AUGUCCUUCCUACGCACGUUUCGCUCGAAUCUGAUCCUCAGCACGGCACCGCCAGAAAGCAAGACCGGUUCGAUGAAAGCGUCUGCGGCCCCAGGUGGGCCCGGUGCUGGCCGGAGAAACUCUUCCCAGCACGAGGAGCGCGUUGCGAGUGGCACCACUCGGCGCAGCAGUGGAACGGUGGGACUUUCCGGUCGCAACGGUGGUCGCCCCAGUGGCGCAGACGGUGGGCGAUAUGGUAAGGAGAAUCCGGCCCCCAUCGUGGUGUACCUCGAUAAGCCGGGACAGGAGGCCAAGAAACCGGCCAGCAUCUUGCGCACCAACACGUUCACCACGUCCAAGUCCAAGCCGGCCGAUCACAGUCCGGAGCCGGAGCAGAUUCGCUACGCAACGGCAGCCAUCACCCGGAGCGACACGUUCACGAUCGACGAACCGGACGAUGUGUCCACUGGCCACACUGGCACUUACACCCGCCGUGGAAGUAAGGAUGCACCUUCGAUGGAUGUGUUCGAGCCGCUGUACGUGAAAAACAUCGAGCUCGACUCGCACGAGCUUCCGGUGGUCGUGGAUUCGCGCACUUAUCGCAAAAAGUCGCGCAGCACUUCGAAGCCGGUCCAGAAAGUCGAGAGUUUCAUCAAGCGCUUCGAGCGGACGCUCUUCAACAAACACGGUGCCAACGAGCGCCGGAAGCAGUCGGUGGGAUCGGCACGCAAAAACUCGACCUCCGUUACGGGCGCCGCGGAUGCUGGGCCCCGGUUCCGCGAUGUUGGCAUCAACUGCAAGCUGGACGAGGAGGACCGCUUCCGGGCGAAAGUGGAAGCGAUGCGCAAGGUGCGCCAAGGGUCACGCGAUUCCAUCACCAGCGUGCUGUCCACGGUGUCACGCCGCGAGCGUAGCCAAUCGCCCUCGAAGCGCUACACACAGUCCCACGAUCGCCGCUCGUCUUCGGCCAGCAGCUUCGUCCUGGGGCCGCUCGAGGAGCUCAGUAAUCGCCGCACGCCGUCACCAGCGUACGGCGGAACGACGAUACCGCUGGCCGUCGAUCGCCCGACCGAGAGCAGCUUCCUGAAGAGUCGCCAAAAGGAAAUAGAGAUGGGAUACAGUGUGGUGAACAAACGCCAGCAACCCCUAACCUUGCCCGUCGGCGAGCGCCGGUCACCGGAGGAGCGUCCGCACUCAACGAUCGUCAGUCGCAGCCACCGCCCUGCGGGCUAUGCGGAAGAAGACGCGCGCCCCGCGUCCAACCGGGAGCAACAUUACUCGACGUACGUUAUCGCGCGGAAUGCCACCUCACGGGAAGACAAGGGGCCGCGUUUCCGGUCCGACACUUACCGAACGCUGAAGGAAGAGUUCGAACAGCAGCAGCAACUGGCGACGAAACCGAUCGGGAUCGCCAGCCCGCUCUGCGGUGAGGGAAGGGUCUCCAAGGGCCCUGCAGCGCCUUCCAAGGAUGCCAGCGGUGAGCUGCCGAAGUACACGUUCGGAGUGGAUCUGCAGCAGCGCCGGACCCGGUUUCAGCAGUUCCAGCGUUCGUUCAAGAAGAUGGACGACAGCGCCUCGGAAGUGUCCGUCCAACAGAGCUUCUUUGUGCCCCUUUAG